CCGCCGCUUCUCGAAGCCCUCUAUUCUCCGCACUGCAGUUCCUUGUCCACAUCCCUUGCCAUCUGCCUGCAUUGCCUUGCCUUGCCUGCCUUGCCUGCCUUGUCCUCCCCUGGCCUGCAUUGCAGCAGGCAAACCGACUCCCCAGCUGCCCCCCUGCUCCCCCGUCGCCUGGACAAGAGACACCCAGACACCACACAACAGCACCGCACUACCGCAGCACAUCGCAACCACACGUCGCACCUUGCCGCGCCCUACCAUACAACAGACCACUCUGCACAAACCGGCUUGGCCGAAUACGCUUGCGGCGACAUCCUCGUCCCACGCUGCAUCGUACCCGAAGCAUCACACCCACGCCCAUACCACCCUGUCUUGCCCUGUCGGCCCUGCUCACUGUCCCAGGCCUGCGAUCUGACACCGGGCCCGUCCAUCAAGCCAGCAAGCCAGAUCCUCUCCCCUGCCCGCGCAGAUACACGCUCCCUUGGCUCUCCCUGGAUUCCCCAGAUCACACCCUCUCUGAACAACCUCACGCCAAGCCACACCUCCCUGACCUCCUGGUCGGGCUCUGUGCCGGGGUUGUCGGAUUGUGCGUCUCCCUGGUGGUCCUGUGCUUACCGCUCGAGGAAAACUAGAAACGUGGGAGUCAUUUGGUCUUUUUGAGCUCUGCCCUCGUCACUCCCGCUCCGCUUUCCCAAAACUACGGUCCCUGGGGCAUCCCGGACCCAUCCUGACUGGAAACUGAGCCCUGCGCCCCCUUGUCAGGCCUUGCCCUCUAACGCUACCACCACACGCAACCCGACCGCACCUUGCCUUUGCCUGGUCACUUACUACCUGCCUACCCUACCUACAUACUUACCUUUCCCUCCAUCUUGUCUAUUUAUAUUUUAGCCCGCCCGCCCGCUCCCAUCUUCGCGCCCGCCCCCCCCCCCCUUCUGCCCAUCAUGUCCAAGACUGCUGCCCAAGAGGAAUUUGACGAUUUCAUUGCAAAGAAUUCAACCGGUCCCAACGAUCACAUCCACCCAGAGGACAGAGCCGACGUUGCCCGUGAGCGAGAACUCCACGAGAGGGACAACAGCGACGACGAGGAAGAACAGUACCGUGCCGCAAAGGUCGACGCCGCCAUGCGCAUGUCAACAUAUGAUACCCGCGCCACAGCGGACCUGACGCUGCCACCCGCCAGCUUCGACUCGGGCCGUGCCACCGGCGUCAAGGGCGUCAUCGCCGACGCCAGGAAUUAUGAGAACGCCAGGAGGAACAAGUGGAGCGAGAAGAUGAGGAACGCGAGGAGGAGCGUCAUAGAGUUCGCCUCGGUCAAGUCGAGCUCCGACAAGAGCGACUCUGAGCUCAGCGGCGCCGAGGACGAGGAGUCCUUCCUCAAGCAGUGGCGCGAGUCGAGGCGGCGGGAGCUCGAGUCCCAGGACAGGUCUUCGGUCCGCAACAGGAGGACGAGCCCCAGCGCACGCAUGUACGGCCGCUUCGAGGAGGUCGACGCCAUGGGAUAUCUAGACUCCAUCGAGAAGGUGUCCAGGGAGACAACAGUCGUCGUCUUCGUCUAUGAUCACGAGUCGGAUGUUUCUUCAACAAUAGAGUCUGCCAUGGUGCCUUUGGUACGAUCAAACCCAGCCGUCCGUUUUGUAAAAGUACAUUACGAGGAGAUCGAGUUCGACCAGGCAGGCGUCCCCGCAGUAUUAGCAUACAAGAACCAGGGGGACCUCUUCGCCAACCUGACCGCCCUCAUCGACAUGAUUCCAGAUGAGGAGGACUUCGACACCGACUCCUUGAAAAAGUUGUUCCUACAACAUCGCAUCCUCUGAGCGCGCUGUCACAUGGAUAUGGACCUUUUAUUCAAACAGCGGCAUCGACUAGCUCGCCAGCGGCAAGCUUCUCGAAGCCAGCAUCACCACUACGUCCUGGAUCCCCCCUGAGAGGAGCAAUAGCCCCUCAGGCGAGGACUGGAGGCAGCAGCAGCAACCUCGCCCCCAGCCCCUCUCCAGGACUUCCCUUCAGCUCAACUAUACUCUAAUGAAGCGACUUGUAUAUUGUUCAAUUUGUCUUGUACGAAUGGGAUGACCUGACGGGAGGACGCGGCGGCCGACCCGGCACAUGGCAAUCUUCUUGAUGAGAGGGAGAAUGCGCACGGGGUCACGGCUCGUCCCGGCCUGGUUUCGGCCAGUUUGCUUUGAUGGCGGCCCGGCACGGGCUGAGGGUGUGCAUAUGAUAUCCCCCCAAAUGGGCUACACCGGUUUGGCGUGUGGAGGUUACGAUUUGGAAUGCAUUGGUCGGUAUUCCAGGAGUUGGACGCGUGCUGCGCGUGAAUGCUUUUACUCUCUACCAUGCUUUGCUUGCAUAUGCUUGGGCUGGGAACCUGGCGAUGGCGUUUUAUGCGGGACCCAAAUGAGGCUCAGACACGAGGUCCGAAAAUGGGAAUGGACGGGUUGAUCUAGGGAUAGAAAUCCAGACUAUCAAAUGAGAAAGAGAGAAAGAGAGAGAUGUCUUGACUGCC